AUGGACGCUGAUACUAUAGACUCAACAUCGGUAUCGAGCUGGUCGACGCUGCAAGAACCGCCGGACCUGGAGCAAAUUAUGUGCAUUUCUGUCGGGUUUCUACUAGUACUGGCAAUCAUAUGCUUGUUCCUUAGAUAUGUAUCGUCGUACCCGUUGUCUCCACCAAUGCAAUCUAACGAUGAUCGUGAUUGGCAUACGUCAGCAGGCACGACACGACCGGUUAAGGCCCGAAAAUUUGAUCGGGAUUUAGAGGCUGCUGCUCAUAUUCCAGUGAGCAUAUUAGGAUUGUCUGAUUUUGGUGGAGAAAUUUGUGCGAUAUGUUUGGGUGAGUUUGUGUGUGGAGAGGCUGUCAAGAUUCUUCCGAGGUGUAAGCAUAUGUUUCACGACGAUUGCAUCGAUGCGUGGUUGCCGAUUCGCUCGUUGAACUGUCCGGUGUGUCGAGAUCGGAUAAUUGAUGACGAGCAGGAUGUAGAAAUUAAGAGGUAA